AUGAUGAAUGGGUCUGACCUCAGCAGCACGACGGGAUCCAGUCCCAAAUCCAAAGAGGACCAAGUGGUGAACGGCCACGAUGAGAAGGAGAACAACCCCUUUGCAGAGUACAUGUGGAUGGAGAACGAAGAAGACUUCAACAGACAGGUGGAGGAGGAGCUGCAGGAGCAGGAGUUCCUCGACCGCUGCUUCCAGGAGAUGCUGGAGGAAGAGGACCAGGACUGGUUCAUCCCAUCGCGGGACCUGCCCCAGGGCAUGGGGCAGCUGCAGCAGCAGCUCAACGGGCUCUCGGUGUGUGAUGGCCACAGUUCAGAGGACAUCCUGAGCAAAAGCAACUUGAAUCCAGAUGCCAAGGAGUUUGUGCCCGGCGUGAAGUACUGA